UCUGCGACCGGUAGGCAUCCACCAGUCAGAUCAGCGAGAACACGUUGUGAAAAUGGGUGACGCAGCUAAAGGAAAGAAGGUAUUUGUUCAGAAGUGUGCUCAGUGCCAUACCAUCAAUGAAGGUGGUGCUAACAAAGUUGGGCCUAACCUGUACGGAGCUUUUGGCAGACAAACAGGACAAGCAUCAGGAUUUACCUACACUGAAGCCAACAAGAAGAAAGGUAUAGUGUGGAGCGAGGAGACCCUGUUUGAAUACUUGGAGAACCCCAAGAAAUACAUCCCGGGAACAAAGAUGGUGUUUGCUGGUAUCAAGAAGGCCAAGGAACGAAAAGACUUAAUUGCUUACCUUAAGGAAAAUUCUAAAUCCUCAUGAUGAUGGAAUAUCUAGAUAAAUCAAUUGAAAUAUUUAUGAAUUUAUGUUUUUAGUGAGAACUGGUUUAUUUCUACUAUCAUCGAGUGAACUAAAGUCAAAAUUCAAGUGGAAGCCGUCAUCGUCAUCAGCUGCUGCAAAACAAACAUCUUUAACAAUAUUUUAAUACCAGUAUCCAUUAAUGAUUAAACUUUUAAUGUCAGAUUUUAAUAUGAAUUGAAUCCAGCAUAUUCAGUUUUUAAUUUAUGUCAGAAAGGUCACCUCAACCCAAACUUGCUGAAUGCUUUUUAGCUGAUGAGAUUUAUAAAAAUGUUGAGUGUAGUUGAGUAUGUGUAGGGAAGAGUAGGUUGUUCCAAUUUCUGAUUUCUUUAUAUUCAUAUCAUGACCUUUUACCUUUAAUGUCACUGGAUGGCCACAUAUUACAGAUCUUAAAUUGAAAUGUAAAUACUUUUCGAUUACAAUUCCAUUAGGCUUGUACAUGUUAAAUUGUGUGAACAUAUUAAUAAAAUUGAUACAAAUGUU